UUGACAGCCGACGGUCCGAAAAUCCAAAAGCUCUUACAAGACAUAUCGGGCAUCUCCACUGUCCCGCAGGUGUUUGUUCGUGGCAAAUUCGUCGGCGAUUCCUCCAAAAUUUCGAAUUACAAAAAGGAAUCCAAACUCAUGGAGAUAAUCACCAAAAAUGAUUUCGAUUAUGAUCUGGCGGUGAUCGGUGGAGGAUCUGGUGGUUUGGCUGCCUCAAAAGAGGCCGCAAAGCUUGGCGCCAAGACAGUUGUGUUUGAUUUUGUCGUUCCAACUCCUCAGGAUACCACGUGGGGAUUAGGUGGUACAUGCGUGAAUGUCGGCUGCAUUCCGAAGAAGCUAAUGCAUCAGGCCUCUUUGCUGCGUGAGGGCAUGUCGGAUGCGGUUCAUUUCGGAUGGCAAUUGGAACCCGAAAAAGUCAAACACGAAUGGAGCCAAAUCAUCGAAUCCGUGGGAAAUCAUAUUCACUCGUUGAAUUGGGGCUAUCGCACUCAACUUCGUGAUAUCAACGUGGAAUAUAUAAAUGCGUUUGCUGAGUUGGUCGAUUCACAUACGAUCAAGUACACGAAGAAAAACAAGGAGACGGGCACCGCGACAGCGAAAACCAUUAUCUUGGCCACGGGUGAGCGUCCACGCUACCCGGGGAUUCCGGGAGACAAACAGUAUGCAAUUACCAGUGAUGAUCUGUUCUCCUUGUCCUAUCCGCCCGGGAAGACACUGGUUAUCGGGGCCAGUUAUGUCGCUCUGGAAUGUGCCGGUUUCCUGACCGGUUUCGGUUUCGACACAACUGUCAUGGUUCGAUCUAUUCUGUUGCGCGGUUUCGAUCAGCAGAUGGCUGAGAAAAUCGGUGAAUACAUGAGCAAACACGGUACCAAAUUUAUCCGACCGUGUGUUCCAACUUCCGUACGUGUUUUUAGUGUUAUCAUGGCGAUAGGUCGCGAUCCAACAUGGGACCGAAAAGCCAUGGAAUCACUUGGACUGAAGAUGGACAAGUAUUCUUCGGUGGAGAACAUCUACGCUAUCGGAGAUGUGGUUUCCGGCAAACCUCAACUGACACCCGUGGCCAUUCACGCGGGUCGUUAUUUGGCCAAACGAUUGUACGUGGGUGAUGUGGAACUGACGGAUUACGUGAACGUGCCCACGACCGUGUUUACACCAAUCGAAUACGGGGCGUGUGGACUGAGUGAGGAGAAUGCGAUUGCGAAGUACGGACAAGAGAACAUUGAGGUUUAUCAUUCACAUUUUAUUCCACUGGAAUGGACCGUACCUCACAGACCGGAUGAUGGCUAUGCCAAACUGAUCUGUCUCAAAACCGAGAAUGAACGGGUUGUUGGCUUGCAUAUUCUAGGGCCGAACGCUGGUGAAAUCACUCAAGGUUUUGCUGUGGCCAUGAAGCUUGGAGCAACCAAAGCGGACUUCGAUCGCACCAUUGGCAUCCAUCCUACAUGUGCUGAGACGUUCACCACAUUGCACGUGACCAAGAGCUCAGGUGUCAGCGCUAAGGUGACCGCUUGCUGA